AUGCCCGACAAAGAUGCUGGUACUCCAAGGGUCUUCCUUGUACGCCAUGGGGAAACUGAGUGGACAAUCUCUGGGCGCUACACUGGCCGCAGUGAUAUCCCGUUGACUCCGAAUGGCGAACUUCAAAUCUCCUCGUCUGCAAGGAAGGUCGUAGGAGCCGGGAAGAUUAUUGAUCCGUCGAGAGUAGCCCGCGUGUUCAUCAGUCCUCGAACACGAGCACGGCGAACAUACGAGUUGCUGUUUGAUAAUGCCUCGAAGGAAAUCCUUGAAGGGAAAUCUGAAAUUACCGAGGACAUUCGGGAGUGGGAAUAUGGCGCGUACGAAGGCCUUUUGACUGCUCAGAUCAGAGCAGGUCGAAAAGAGCGAGGUCUGGACACAGACAGGCCUUGGAAUAUAUGGACGGAUGGCUGCGAGGAUGGAGAAUCAGCCAAGGAAGUGUCGAGCCGUCUUGAUCAAAUCAUAGCUAAGAUCAGGGAGAUCCAGGGACCAUAUAUGCAUGGUGAAAAAGGUGUCGAUGUGGUUCUGAUUGCGCAUGGACAUAUACUGAGAGCAUUUGCGAAACGUUGGAUUGGGUUCGAGCUCGGAAUGAGACUGCCAAUGAUGCUGGAACCUGGGGCUGUAGGUGUGUUGAGUUAUGAGCAUCAUAGAAUUGACGAGCCUGCUAUAUUACUCGGUGUGAAUUUGGGUGAGAGCGAAUCCGGCUCGAAGGAGUAA